CACAUGCAGCCGAGCAGCGGCCACAAUCACGGCUCUCGGCGCAGGGGGAGCCAGCUGCGGGCCGGCCCGGGCGAUCCGUGCGGGGCUGCCGCCCGCCUCCCGCCGCUGCGAGCCGGGCAGGGGCCGCGGGCCGAGCCGGGCAAACAUGGCUGGGGCAAUCAUCGAGAACAUGAGCACCAAGAAGCUGUGCAUCGUCGGGGGGGCGCUGCUGGCUUUCCAAGUCGUCGCUUUCCUGGUGGGGGGGCUCAUCGCUCCAAGUCCCACUUCAGCUGUGCCAUACGUGUCAAUCAAAUGCAUUGAUGUACGAAAAAACCACCACAAAACCAAAUGGCUAAUGCCGUGGGGACCUAACCAGUGUGAGAAGAUCAAAGACUUUGAUGAGGCAGUGAGCAGGCAAAUAGAGGCCAAUGAUAUUGUGUUUGCUGUCCAUAUUCCUCUCCCCCCCAAUGAGAUGAGCCCCUGGUUCCAGUUCAUGCUCUUCAUCUUGCAGCUGGAUGUUGCUUUUAAGAUGCAUAAUGUCAUACAAGAUAAUGCAGAGAUUACGCUUGAUGUGUCCUUGGCAUAUCGUGAUGACAUGUCUAGUGAAUGGAAAGAAAUGGCACAUGCGAUAGAGACACGAAAACUAAAAUGCGCCUUUCAUUCUCCAAAAACGCCAGAAUCUGAAGGCCGUUACUACGACUGUGAUUUGCUCCCUUUCAUGGAGAUUGGAAGCGUGGCUCACAAAUUCUACCUCAUCAAUAUUCGACUCCCUGUGAAUGAAAGGAAGAAAAUUAAUUUAGGAAUUGGAGAAAUAAAGGAUAUUCGUUUGGUGGGUAUCCAUCAAAAUGGAGGUUUCACAAAGGUGUGGUUUGCCAUGAAAACCUUCCUCACGCCCAGCAUCUUAAUUAUCAUGAUCUGGUAUUGGAGGCGGAUCAAAAUGAUGACGCGUGCUCCUGUCUUGCUGGAAAAGGUUAUAUUUGCUCUUGGGAUCUCCAUGACGUUCAUAAACAUCCCAGUAGAAUGGUUUUCCAUUGGAUUUGACUGGACUUGGAUGUUGCUCUUUGGAGAUAUUCGACAAGGAAUCUUCUAUGCCAUGCUUCUGUCAUUUUGGAUCAUCUUUUGUGGAGAGCAUAUGAUGGAUCAAAAUGAGCGGAAUCGUCUCUCUGGGUACUGGAAACAGGUUGGACCCAUAGCUGUUGGUUCCUUCUGCCUUUUCAUCUUUGACAUGUGUGAGAGAGGGGUACAGCUGAAAAAUCCAUUCUACAGUAUCUGGACAACAGAUGUUGGCACGGAGCUGGCUAUGGCAUUUAUUAUAGUUGCAGGAAUCUGCCUUUGCCUCUACUUUCUGUUCUUGUGUUUCAUGGUCUUUCAAGUAUUCAGAAACAUCAGUGGGAAACAGUCCAGUCUCCCAGCAAUGAGCAAGGCUCGCAGACUUCAUUAUGAGGGGCUGAUUUUUAGGUUUAAGUUUCUGAUGCUCAUCACUUUGGCUUGUGCAGCAAUGACAGUCAUCUUCUUCAUUGUCAGUCAGGUGACGGAAGGCCACUGGAAAUGGGGGGACCUCACAAUACAAGCGAACAGUGCUUUCUUCACGGGCAUCUAUGGGAUGUGGAACCUUUACGUCUUUGCUCUUAUGUUCCUAUAUGCUCCAUCACACAAGAAUUAUGGUGAAGAUCAAUCAAAUGGUGACCUGGGAGUGAACAGUGGGGAAGAGCUGCAGCUCACCACCACCAUCACCCACGUUGAUGGACCAACAGAAGUUUACAAACUGGCUCGGAAGGAGGCCCAGGAAUAACUCCAAGAACACCUCAGCUUGCAGACAAAGUGAAGUACAGUACCCAGAAUGAUGCGGCAUCUUUCUUGAUGAAACGUCUGAAAUAACUCACUGUAAAAAUGCCCAGUAUUUAUAGCAUAUUUUCACAGAGCAGUGGCACUCAAUAGGACAUUUGUAAACUUUCUUUUAAUAUGGUGUAGUUAUACUGGGGGGAGGGAUAUGUAUUCUCUACUGCACACGCAGCUAUGCUAGAAAAACUCUAAGGUUACAAAGUCGACGUUCAAAAGUUAGGUGGUACCAGAGCUCAGCUGGUCUGUGCAGCCUUAAUUUGGCCCCCCUGUGUGUAUGCAUCACAAUGUGGUCACGUAUUGCUCCCGCCCUUCUACACCUCAGCCCAGCCCCUGCCAAAUCCAUGCACAGAGUAUUAUUCUUUGUGCAAUGUCUUACUUGAAUGAUCUCAAACUGAAAUCAAUGACAUACAUUAAGUUACAUUAUUGUGUAGGCACAUUGACCCUCAGAAUUGAAUCAUCAGCCACAUUCAGGGCUUUGGAUUUGUGUGACUUUGAGCUAAGGGCAUUUGGCAACAGGGGGAGUAGGUUGUUGUCCUGUAUGUGGACUGACUGCUAGGAAGCUUUGCCAGUAACUGCCCCCUCACUCCCAUCCUUUUCACUGCACUUUCCCAACCCUUUCUGGUUUCCCCCAACUGGCUUCUUGCUGCUAUAUUCCAGUGUGGCUCAUUCACUUCUGUGAUGUCUAGGUGCCAGCGGGGAGUGAAGGGGUGACAGUCUCUGUGCUCUCUGUUCCUAGACCUGACCUCAGAGCUACCUGUAGAAGCUGGGAGGAAUAAUGCAGCAAGGUCCUCUUUAGCCCCUGCAACUCCAGGGGUAGAGGUGUGUUCUUUGGAGAAUCUAGCUGCCCCAUUUCAACUAGUGUCCGUACAAGAGCUCUGUUUUUUUCAGAACUUAUGGGAGCAGUAAAUGGGGAAAAGAUGGCUGGGAGGAGGGGACUGGGAGAAAGUGUCCGAAGUAGAGGGAUGCAAAGAUGAAAUGGGGUUGGUGCAGCAGGGGAUAAGAAUCGGGGUGGGGUGGCAGUCACGGACAGGUCUGUGCCUGCUGGAGCACAUGACCCUCAGAACCUGGAGUGUUGCAUUCCUCUGCUGUCAGGAAGCAUCUACGAGAUCUGGCUAAUAAUGCUCACUCACCCUUCAGGCUUGGUCCACCUAGAUGACAAUCUACUUCCUCAAAUGGCAGAGAUUUGCAUUUUGAAAUUAAAGGGUGCCUAUACACAAGCAGCGAGGCUGCUACAAUGCGCUGUAAUUACAACAAGUUAGAGCAGACUCGAUUAAUCAGGUCUGCUGGAGCGUGGUAAUUACCCCACUCCAGCAGACUCCAGCAUCUCAUAUAUUCAUGUCCCCAUGCUUAAAAAUGGCAGUGGGGGCACUUUUAACUAAAGCUUGUUGAACGACCUUUAGUUAAAGCACCCCCACCAUGAUUUUUAAGGGCAGGGAUGUUGAUGCAUGAGAUGCUCUAGGCGCUUUCAUUAGUGCAGCGCUUGGAGCCACUUUUAUUAAAGCAUCCCCCGCCCUCCCAGAGCCCGUGUAUAAAGGUUCCAAAUUUGCUGAUAACUUUUGUAGAAAGUUCUUCAUGUAAAACUUUUUUUUUCCCCCCCCAAUUAUUUUUGAGUUCUGGGAAAGUGCAGGCAUGCACGCGCAUGUGCAUUCUGUUAGGAGAACACUAAGGUUACCAAGUCAAGCAUUCAGAAGCUAGGAAAUGCUGUGAUGAAGGUUGCCUGUGUAACCUUAAUGCAGCACUCUCUUUAGAUGCUGUCUUAUUAGAAUACUGUCUUCAACUGCGUGAUCAGUGUGAUUGUUUUCCUGCAGGAGCCUUGCCUCAGUGAAGCAUAGGACAGUAUAUGCGCUGUGGAUGAAUCGAGGAUGUGUAGCGAAGAAUGUCCUUGUGUGUAAAACCACUGUCAUUCGCGUUGUCCCUGGUUCCAGCUGGACCAUAUUUGCAAAUGUGUUCUGCACUGAACAGCUCCAGCUGAAGUCAAACAUGGCUGAGCUUUAAGCACAAGGGCUAGUACAAAAAUGCUAAAUAAUCUUAAUCAGGCUUUAGAUCUCAGUUUGGGCAUCCACAAUUAUCAAAGGCUUUUGACAGUUUUAGCCAUAACUUCUGUGCGUCAGUCUCCCAUCUGUAAAAUGGAGGUGAAGUUUAUCUAUAUUUGCAGUGGUGUUUGUGUUGGCUACUAUGGCUAACAGCAUAGGAACACCCAGGAACAAAUUAAUUUUCACCUAGUGCUAGGUUCAUUUGUCUCCAGGAAGGACUACACUUUCAAAAGAGGAUGAUAACAUAACAUUAAGAAGUAAGGUUCCUGUAGAGAAAAGUAGUGUUCAGUAAUGUAAUUGAUUAGUAUCAUCAUGCAUAUGCAAAAGGACACCAAAUUAAGGUUACCCAGGCAACUGUACGUGUGACUUUUUGUAAUUUUUGAAUGUUUGACUUUGCCACUUGAACAUUCUUUUUAACAGAUUUUUAUGUAAUAUUUAUGUACUUUGAAUAAAUGCCUUCAUGAAUUCUUUUAUAGUUUAGUGUAACAUUUGUAUUUUGUAAAGGUUCUUUACAAAAAGGGCAUUGCAGCUUUAAAACCAAAUCUUGUGCGUCUCACACUAACAAGUCUGUUACGAUGUAGAUAUCUUUUUCUGUUUGCAUAACUACUUAUCCCUACUUAUAUGUCCCAGAAACAGUCCAUGGGUCUCAUUAAAAUGUGUUUUCUUUUUUGUUUGGUUUUGUUUAGGAUGUGUUCACUUUUUACAAAAUGCUUUAAGCAACCUGGAAAAAUGUAGAUUCGUUAAUUUAAAUAAAAUAUACAAUGUUGUGA